AGUUUAUUAUUAUUAUUAGCUGAUCAGUACUUCGGAGACUUUUGGUGUGUGCAGUACGAAGUUGUCUAUUUCUUCUGAGAGACGUUUUUUCACACAUUCUUCGCAAAGCAGACAACGUCAAAGGUACUAAAAAUGUCACCUUUUAUGCGAAUAUUCUUGCUUGUGCUUAUUAUGGGGCUUAGCCUGCUCUAUAAAAAUAUAAAUAAUUUACUCGGCCCAGUACCUGCUCCAAAACUGCCACUUGAUCAAUGGUGGGGCGAUGGAAAGAGACCGAAAGAUUGGUCAGAGUAUGUGACCAACACAUCUGAAGUUAUUAACAAUCGAAUUGUGUUUGCUGAUAGUACUAUCGAAGACCUACGCACACAGCUGAACCGCACGUUACGACUUGUGGAACCAUUGGAAGGAGUAGCAUUUCAAUAUGGUUUCAAUUCGCACCACUUAAAAGAAAUUGUUGACUACUGGCGAGAUGAUUACUUACCACGGUGGCGUGAACGUGAGGUGUUCCUCUGGCAGUUCAACCAAUUCACAACUGAAAUUCAAGGAUUGCGUAUGCACUUUUUGCAUUUGAUGGUCUAUGAUGAAAAUAAAAUGGGUAAAAAACAUUAUCCGGUAUUGUUGUUGCACGGUUGGCCUGGAUCUGUAAGGGAAUUCUAUUCAAUUAUAAACAAACUGCACGUACCAAAAAAGAGUGACGACUACAUUUUUGAUGUUAUAGUGCCAAGCUUACCGGGUUAUGGCUGGUCUCAAGGCUCUUCAAAGCCUGGCCUAGGUCCUGCUCAAGUAGCUGUUAUUAUACGAAACCUUAUGUUACGUUUGGGUUAUAGAAAAUUUUUCGUUCAAGGCGGUGAUUGGGGUUCAGUGAUUGGCGCAAAUAUUGCAACAUUAUAUCCUGAAAGUGUUUUAGGGUAUCACUCUAAUAUGUGCAAUAAUUUGAGUCCAAAAGCUGCGCUAAAAGGAUUUAUCGCCAACUUAUUACCAAGUUUCUUUGCUCCGGAAGGAUUUAGAGAUCUUUUCUUCCCACAAUCAAAAAAAUUAAGCUAUCUUAUUGAAGAAAGUGGCUAUUUUCACAUACAAUCCACCAAACCAGACACCAUCGGACACGCUCUCACUGAUAAUCCAGUUGGUUUAGCUGCGUAUAUAUUGGAAAAAUUCUCUACAUGGACUAAUCCUAAUUAUCGUAAUUUAACUGAUGGUGGUCUGACAAAGCGUUAUAAGAUCGAUACUCUAUUGGAUAAUUUAAUGAUUUAUUAUUUGACAAACUCCAUCACAACAUCACAACGUUUAUACGCUGAGGCACAUAGCAAGGCUAAUAUGGGACUACAAAUGGAUCGUGUACCGACUGACGUUCCAACUGGUUGCGCACGCUUUAAAUAUGAUAUUAUGCAUUUCUUGGACUUUCAACUUAAAGAUAAAUUCACAAAUUUAAUUCAUAGCACCUAUUAUGGAAAAGGUGGUCAUUUCAUUGCAAUGGAGGCACCAAGUUUACUUUUUGACGAUUUUAUCGAAUUUGUUAGAAAAGUUGAAAAGUUGUUCCCAAAACGUUUUCAAUAUUAAAACGUUUAAUAUUUUUUAUUUUAAAGAUUGAUUUCGAAAAAAUU